CUCUAAUAUCGUACCUCAAACUGUACAGGACAGGACAAAUCACACGAUGGGGAUGAUAUAAUACACAUGCAUUCACUAAUGCGUUAAGAUAGGUGCAGAACGUUUGUUUGCUGCUGCUUCCCACUGCCUUUGUUUUUGGGCACGGGAUUUGGCGAGGGGAUAUCGAGGUUCGCGGUGCACGGGUUCUUGAGCACCGCCGUUGCGGGAGGGCGGAGGAGGAUUGGGCGACGAGUUAUGGGGGGGGGUUAUGAGGACGCGAUAGCCCUUCUGGAUACCCGCCGGCGUGUGCGCAGGCCAAGCGGUGCGCUGAAGACGGAGGCAGCGCGCGAUGCGGGGCUAAAGCCAGAGUUCAGAGUUGGCGGGGAGGUGUUGAGGGGCAAGCCUGGGAUAGUGGGGAUGAGCGGCUGGAUGGAGGAGUUGGGACAUUCUCCCGCAGAUGUAGCAGCCCUAAACAUCAUCCACGUCGCCGGCACCAAGGGGAAAGGAAGCACAUGCGCAUACAUCGAGGCGCUCCUCCUCGCUCACGGAGCUGCGACCGGGUGGCCACGGAGUGUGGGGAUGUACACCUCUCCCCACCUCCUUGUGCCACAAGAGCGUGUCCGGAUCAGCGGCACGGCAAUCGAUGAGCGCGGAUUCGCGAAGUACUUCUUCGAAGUUUGGGAGCGUCUCUUCGAUGGGAACGCGGCUACGGAAAGCCAGAAAAGGGAAAGGCCGCGGUACCUCCAGCUAUGUGUGCUAGUUGCUCUGCACGCGUUUAUCAAAGAGGGCGUCGGUGCGGUAGUGCUGGAGACGCAUCAUGGCGGCGAGUACGACGCGACGAAUUUCGUGGAGAAGCCAGUGGUGACGGUUGUCACGCCGCUGGGGCGCGAUCAUGUGAAGCAACUUGGGCCGGGGAUGAAGGAUAUUGCGUGGCAUAAAGCAGGAAUAUUGAAAGCCGGCGCGGUUGCUAUCGCGGCUGCGCAGGAGGAAGGGUUGGAGGAGGUGUUACGGGCGAGGGCAGGGGAGAGGGGUGUGGUUGGGGGAGAAGUGAAGAUCGUAACGGGGACGGAGGAGCGGGGGGUGCAGAGUGUGAAGCCCGAUGUGCAGAGGGGCAAUUGCGCGGUUGCUGUAGUGGCGGUGAGGGCGUUUUUGGAGAGGAUGAGGGGGAAGGUGCUGAGUGAGGGGAGUGUGAGGAGGGGGGUUGAGGGGUUUAAGUGGCCGGGGCGGUUUCAGGUUGUUGAGAGGGGUGGGGGGAGGGAGAGGUGGUGGUGUGAUGGGGCGCAUAAUGAAAUGAGUAUUGGGGUUGCGGGGCGGUGGUUUGUGGAUGGGCUGGAGGAGAGGGGGAGAGCGCGCGUCUUGGUGUUUAGCCAGAUCUCGGAUAGUAGGGACACUGAAGCCGUCUUUAGGUGUCUGGCGGAGUCGUUGAAGGGUAGUGGUGUGCAGCUCGUCAUCUUCACGACCUAUGAUCCGGAUCAGACUUUCUCGGUCUCUAUGUCUUUAGACCAACAAGUGGCUACGACAACGCUUCCAUCCCUGGAUGUAUAUGAGCGGGUAUGGAAGGAGUUGCAUCCCAAUGCGGAAGUACGAUUUGAGCCGCAGUUGGGCGAGGCGAUGAAGUUGGCGAAGGGGGCCGGAGAGGCUGGGGAGGGUGUGGAUGUAUUGGUUACAGGGAGCUUGCAUCUUGUUGCAGGGGCCCUUUGGUGGCUUAGGGAGGGCGUGGGAGGUGCGAGAUAGAAGGCCAGGGCAUCGGCCCCCCGGCUUGUUUGGGACGGCAGCUUGGGUGUGAUUUUAUGUUGAAUAGACAAAUAUUAGAAUAUAUAUUAAUAUUGCGUAAA